UAAGAAUAUUUUUACUUUUUGCCAAUUUUAUCCGUUUGAAUUUGAAAUUGGGUUCAAGAUACAAGUUGAAGUGUAAAUAUUUUUUUGAAGAAAUGGCUGAAGAAGAAAACACAUUUAAAAAACCUUCAGUUGAUUUAAAAGUUUUGGAAAGAAUUCGUAAGCCGGUGCUACCUAAUACGGAAACCGUUCCAUCUACAUCGAAAGAGAUUCCUGGAGAAGAAAAAGACCAUCUAUUUCUAGGAGAUACAAGUGAAAUUCCUCCUAUUCCGUACAAAGAACCAAGCUGGUCCCGGAAAUGUGAUUCCUCAGUCAAUUAUUCUUUCGAGGUGUUGAAGAACGGAGUUAUAAUUGAAGAAGUAAAACAAUUGCAGCAUAAAGCGUAUUGGUUGUUUGGGCGAUUGCCUAACUGUGACAUUAAUAUGGCACACCCAACCAUUUCCAGGUAUCAUGCAGUUUUGCAGUUCAAAAACGCAGUUCAAGAUUCAUCGGAAGAUUCUAACGAAGAAGAAAAGAGUAAGCAGUGUCUGAACGUUGAACCUGGAUGGUAUCUCUAUGAUCUUAAUAGCACUCACGGAACAUUCCUAAAUAAGCAACGUCUGAUUCCGAAAACCUAUGUUAGAGUAAGAGUUGGUUACAUGAUCAAAUUGGGUUCGAGUUCCCGAACUUAUAUCCUUCAAGGUCCACAAGACGACGUAGAUGAGCCAUCCGUAAUGACUAUUACCGAGAUCAAAGAAACGCGCCAAAAGCAGGAAAAACUUCGACAGGAGAUGCUUGAAAUCGAGCGUCAGGAGGUCGAACGAAUUAAAAAACUUAAAGAAGAAGAAGGCAUCAACUGGGGGAUGGCCGACGAUGCCGAAGAGGAGACGGAUUUAGCGUACAAUCCAUUUGCUACCACCGACAACGAAGAACUUUUCUUGAACGACCCAAAGAAAACCCUCCGUGGUUAUUUUGAACGGGAAGGACUCGAUUUGGACUACAAAUUAGAUGAACUAUCAGCGGGAACCUACGUUUGUAAAGUGGAACUUCCGGUGGAUGACGACUUUGGUCGGCCCAUUGUUGCUGAGGCGACACACAAAGGCAAAAAGAAGGAAGUAGUUGUUCAAUGUGCACUGGAAGCUUGUCGGAUUCUCGAUCGGUACGGUUUGUUACGACAGGCUACUCACGAACCUCGCCGUCGGCACAAGAAAACAGCUGAUUCAGAUGGCGAGGACGAUUUUCUAGACCGCACCGGGGACGUUGAACGACGUCGACAAAGGAAACAGGCAAAAUCAUCUACCGAAGUUCACACAUACGAGGAUCUCAUCCGUCGGGAAUCGGAAUUGCUAGAAAGGUUAGAGGAAGUGGAAGCUAAAAUUCAACGGCAUCAGAUGAUUGAUAAAGGAACGCGAUUACCAGAAAAUGACGAUGAUGUGGAUGAUUUUCUUACGAAAUUAUCAGAGGACAAACCCUACGAUAAGUUUGAGGUGCGGAGGCUUCGAUUAGAAAAGGAAAAACUCGCAAAAGAUCAUGUUACACUGCAGAAAUUAAUUAAGAUUGCAAAACCUGUUGAUUUACCUCCCCUAGCACAAAUACCGUGUAGCUCCAAGGAUGCCAAAGAGCAGUUUAAACAAAAAGUUAUGCCUCUCUUUGGUAAAAGAAAUAAACUCAGUAAGAAUUUUGGUAUUAAAAAAUCGGAAGUAAAAAUUGGUGGAACAACCAGCUCUUAUGGGGAAGAAAUUGAAGAGGACGAAGAAGAGGACAAUGCAGUAAAUCAUGUCGAAACUAACGAUUCUAGUACCGAAAAGCCCAAAAGAAUGCAUGGUCCAUCCUUCAAUCCUGAGUUGUUGGAAGAGCAUCGCAAACGUGUGGAAGCUACUGUAGUUUCAACACCCAACGAAAGCAAAACUGAUCAGGUAAAUGAGACAGAUUCAAUGAAAGAUGUUAUCAAAAAAAGAAAAAGCGAUGCUGACAACGAACUGGAUAACGAUAACUCAACUAUUAGUGUUGGUGUUGGCAAGAAAAAACGCAACCGUCAGCGAGGACGGGACCGCAACCGCGACAAUGUUGAUAUCGACGACAGUGAAGAAUUGCAAAGUGAAGAGAAAAAUAUUGAAUGGGUACCACCGGAGAAUCAAAGUGGUGAUGGUAUUACUUCACUCAAUGAAAAAUUUGGGUACUGAAUUAUAAUUAGAAGGUAUAAAAUAUGCAUUAAGUACUACGCUUCUAUUAUUGGGAUGACAUCCUA